AUUGGAAGAAAUGUUUCCUCCCAACUAAUUUUCUGUGUUGUUUGGCGAUUCCUCCAUUUAUUUGACGGGCUUCGCCGGCCUCCGACUUCGACGACGCGCAGAGACAAACGAAGAAGAUAACCUACUGUCAGAUAUUAUUUGUGAAAGCCGAUGCCUUUGCAUGGACCGCCGCUUCCAAGGCUUCUCCUUAACAAUGUGGGUUGCAUGAGAAAUGCACAGCAAAUCCUUCGCCACGUAAAUGUUUCUCUCAAUGUCCCUGUAAAACCCUAAUUAAGUCUUCCUCUCUUUGUCUAUCUCUUAAAACCCCCACCCAGUUCCAUACUUUCUACUCACUCUCAGAAAAUGGGCAGCGUCUUCCUCAGGAGAUCUUCGGCGUCGCCGGCCUCCAAAAGGUUCGUCGCCACCGCUAUAUCCCAUUUCUUUCACUCGUCUUCGGCCUCAGACAAGCUGGUUCCCUGGAAUGCCCCCCAAUUUCAAGCGGUUACCGGAGUUCGUAGCCUUCCGAGCAUCUCGAAAUUUCCGGCGCCGGCGCCGUCAAUUUGUCGAGCGGUGAGGGGUUUCCACGUUUCUCAGCCGUUGGCUGCGAAUCAAGCCGUUGCGGAUGUAGCUGACGAUGAUGCAGGCCUUGAGAUCGCCAAUCUCGGUAUUUCUCAGGAGAUCGUAUCUGCCUUGGCUCGGAAGGGAAUUACGAAGCUCUUCCCUAUUCAGCGAGCAGUUUUGGAACCAGCAAUGCGAGGCUCUGACAUGAUUGGGCGAGCUAGAACAGGGACAGGGAAGACUCUAGCUUUUGGAAUUCCUAUCAUGGAUAAAAUAAUUCGUUUUAAUGUGAAACAUGGGAAGGGAAGAAACCCUUUAGCAUUGGUAUUGGCUCCCACUAGAGAACUGGCCAAACAAGUGGACAAAGAAUUUCAUGAAUCUGCCCCUAAUUUGGAUACAUUAUGUGUUUAUGGUGGUGUUCCCAUUGGAAGCCAGAUGAGUUGGCUGGAGAGGGGAGUUGAUGUGGUGGUUGGUACACCAGGUCGAGCUAUUGAUCUGAUCAAAAGGGGGGCUUUGAACUUAUCAGAAAUUCAGUUUGUUGUUCUGGAUGAAGCUGAUCAGAUGCUCAAUGUUGGUUUUGCUGAUGAUGUUGAAACAAUUCUAGAGAAAGUGCCAAGGAAGCGCCAGACAAUGAUGUUUUCUGCUACAAUGCCAAAUUGGAUUCUGAAACUUACUCAGAAGUUCUUAAAAAAUCCAGUUCACAUUGAUCUUGUUGGAGAUUCAGAUCAGAAAUUAGCUGAUGGAAUUUCCCUGUAUUCUAUAGCUUGUGAGAUGCACCAGAAACCAUCAGUUAUUGGACCUCUUAUUACAGAACAUGCAAAAGGUGGGAAAUGCAUUGUUUUUACUGAAAGAAAACGUGACGCUGAUAGGUUAGCAUAUGCCAUGCAAAGAAGCUACAAAUGUGAACCAUUGCAUGGAGACAUCUCACAGAACCAGAGAGAGAGAACACUAUCAGGUUUCAGACAAGGCCAUUUCAACAUAUUGGUGGCCACUGAUGUUGCUGCUCGAGGCCUUGAUGUGCCUAAUGUCGACUUGGUAGUGCAUUAUGAACUCCCAAACUCUUCAGAAAUCUUUGUCCAUCGAUCUGGCCGUACAGGACGUGCUGGUAAGAAAGGUACUGCAAUCCUCAUGUAUUCAACAUAUCAAUCCAGAGAUGUGAAAGGCAUAGAGCGUGAUGUUGGAUGCAGAUUCACUGAGCUCCCAAAAAUGGAAGUAGAGGCUGGAAUGGAAGACAUGUUCAGUGAUAUGCGCCCUAGUGGCAGUCGUGGUAGUUUUGAUAGUUUUGGGAGCUCUGGUGGUGGGCGCUUUGGUGGUUCUUCUGGUCGAAUGGGUGGUUUUGGUGGAUCUAGAUCAGGUGGUAGCUAUGGUGGAGGGCGAUCUGGUGGGGGUUAUGGUGGAGGCCGAUCAGGAGGUGGUUAUGGCGGAGGCCGAUCAGGAGGAUGGGGCCAGAGUAGCUCAAAUCGUUCAGGUGGGUUUGGGAAUUACGGUGGCUCUGAUAGUGAUGAUAUUUUUGGAGGGCCUAAAAGUUCUAAUCGCCAAGGUGGUUUCGGAGAUUUUGGUUCAGGCCGGCCUAGCGGGUUUGGUAGUUUUGGCGAUGGCAACAACAGAAGUUCUGGAAGGAAACUUUUCUAGUUCUGCUCUGUGGCAUUGAAGUUUAAAAGAAAUAUUGAGGACUGACCAUUACGAAAUGUAUGGCGAUCAUUAUGUGUAUGUCAGCUCCCAGUGAUCUCUCUACGUGUUGCUGGGUUCACGACGACCAGUUGCUGGAAAAAAAAGAUUGCUAUAUCUUCAUGUAAAUCUCAUUAAGGUAAACAGCCAAUAUCUUCAUCUGUGUGAACCCAAGUGCCACUAGGAAAGUGUUGAGAAGCAAUAUGUAAACCUUCAUAUGUCUGUUCAUAAUAAGUGUGUUAUUUCAAGCUUUUUUUUAGGCAAGUUAGGGUUAGGUCACCUGGUGAAACCUGAAACUGCAGCAGCCCUUAUAUUUCCUACUUUUUAAACAGUUGAUUUUUUUUCUUCAACAUUUGACAAGCAGUAGUAUCUGAAUGCAGACAAUGGUAUGGGCAAUGUCGCAAUUGUCGUAUUUUGGUCCCGAGUUAUUUGUAUGUAUGUUUUGGCGAUUUACGGUCGAAACGAGUUUGUUUUAUACCCGAUUUGGUAUUCUGUGUUGUUGACUGUGAAGGGGUUUAUGAAAUUUAAAAAAAAAACUCAACAGUGAUAUUUGUGAUGAAAAUCAAUGGGGCUGGCAAUG